GUGGCCAUGGUCGACGACGUAUCUGUUCCUUUCCAACUGCUCAAAUUACCUCAAAAAUCGAGUAACUACGUGUUUCACAGAAUGCUUGUAGCAGAUUUAAUAGGAUUCUCACUCACAUCUAAAAAUGCAAAGCUACAAACAAAACGCCUAGGUCUGAAAGCCGAGGAUGUCCAUCUUGAAAUACGUUCUGGCAUAAUAAUUCAUAUUUCCCUUCAACAUACUUUCACGUAUUUUAAAUUCUACACUAACGAAUACCGAACCUCAGAGCAUCGUCUUGAAGAAGAGUGCAUUAAUAUGUAUCUCUGUACUCGAUUGGGUGAAUGGAAGACACCUAUAUUUCGAGUGAGACAGUUUUUGGAUCACGUUCUUGAUAUAUUUCAUGUAACAAACAUUAGUGAACUAGAGAUUACAACCGAUCAUUUUGAAACUACAAUCUAUGAUAGUUUUGAUAAACUGGAAAUAGAAUCUUUCUCCAUGUAUCAUAUCGAUCUGAAUAGAUUGUCACUUCAGUAUGCAUUGAAAAAGUUUUCUCGUAAAGCUAAUCAGUUAUCAAUUUUAAUGAGUCGCAACCCAUUCACAGCAGAAACAUCUAAACAAUUGCAAGUGGUUUUAACACGUAACAUGGACCAUAUUGUUCUAUAUCACCCUAUCAAAUAUGAUCUGAACGAUUUAUUCGUUACUAAUACUUAUUCACUCAUGGUUGACAUGAAAAUUGAAGAUGUUAAUAUGUUCUUAAAACACUGGAUUCACGGACUCGACAGAAAGUUAGAACUAGCUUGCUUUGGCUACAAAGAACUCCAAUUGAAAAAUGAAGCAGUUGUUGAAAUACUCUUCAAAAAUGUGGAUUAUCAAGUUGCACCAGCGGAAAGAGAAUUGACAAUUCAUCCUACCGGAUCCCAGCAGAUAUGUGUCAAAGGUGGUUAUGAUGUUAGACGAGUCGAUGGAACAGAGGAAAAUAUUACUGUCAAUAGUCAGCGAAGUUUGAUUGAUAUGGUAUUUUGGAGUUAAAUUAUCAUUCGGUUUUUAAUUAAUACUAAAUAUGUAUACUUGAUUAAUUAUUUUAAUAAUUGUAUUUAAUACUUUAAUAUAUAUGCAUAUGCAUUUUCAAACUGACAAUGAAUAAAUAUAUUAAAUUU